CGAUUGCGCCUGCCUGCGGACAUGAGUGUUUUCAAUUGUGAGAUGGCAAUCGGUUUCGCGGUUGCUUAACAAUGCAUUUGAUGAUCAACACAAUUGUUAGCGCUCGGUCCAAGUUGUCGAUGGGUUUUAUCACUAGACUAGCAUCCGCAGACACGCGAUUAGCAACUCUAGUUUUUUGUAUGUGCCCAUCAAAACCAGCAGCCCAGGGGGAAAGGUGCCGACGUAGAAUUGCUUCAACCAACCGUUUCUCGCAGAAUUAAGACACAAUCUUGAGCCACAAUUUCAAAUGGCGGCUGAAAUUUACGACUUCAUAAUAAUUGGGGCUGGCCUUUCCGGUAUUGAUGCAGCAUAUCGCUUGAAGACGGAAUUGCCACACUGCUCUUUUACUAUCCUCGAGGCCCGCGACAAAAUCGGUGGUACCUGGUCCUUCUUCAAAUUCCCUGGUCUGCGUUCCGAUUCUCAGCUCACCUGCUUUGGCUUCCCGUGGUACCCGUGGUUAAAUAAGAAGGACAUCGCAGAUGCAGGACUGAUCUUGGACUACGUCGAGUCUGCGGCUGAAGAUGAGGGCAUCGAUCAGAAGAUUCAGUUUCAGCACAAGGCCACAGCAGCGGAUUGGUCAACCGAGGAGCAACUUUGGGUUCUGAAGAUCAACGAACGAGAUGUGGAGAGCCAGGAGAAGACAUAUAAGGCAACAUUCAUUUUGAAUUGCACAGGGUAUUACGACUACGAGAAGCCCCUCCAGACAACCAUAGCUGGUCUCGAAAACUUUGGCGGCGUUGUCGCUCAUCCUCAGUUCUGGCCAGAAGAGUUGGACUACUCCGGGAAGAGAGUUGUUCUCAUUGGAUCGGGAGCGACCGCUGUCACUCUGCUUCCUGUCCUUGCCGAGCAGGCUAGCCACGUUACGAUGCUUCAAAGAAGUCCAUCAUACGUCUUCAGUAUUCCCUCCGUGAAUCCAGUUGGCACUUUCCUCAAGACACGGCUGCCUGUCUGGCUAGCUCAUUUGCUCAACUGGUGGCGCUCAUUUCUCCUUGAGCAAGCCUUUGUGCAGCUCAAUCUACGAUUCCCGAAUGCCGCCAGAAAACUUCACAUGUACCUGAUGCGAAAGCAGCUGCCGGCUUCUGUAUCAGUCGAUGUCCACUUCAAUCCACGCUAUGCGCCUAUGGAACAACGAUUGUGUCUUUGUCCAGACGGCGAUUUCUUCAAAGCACUGCAUCGUGAUAAUUGCGAUAUUGUAACAGAUGAAAUCAAGACCGUCUCGAAGGAGGGCAUCUUGACGUACUCGGGUGUGAAGCUCGACGCUGACAUCAUUGUCACUGCAACGGGCUUACAUGUCGAGCUCUUGAGUGGCAUCAGGCCAACAGUAGAUGGCAAGUCCAUUGAUAUUGCGACCGAGUACGCAUGGAGAGGCUGUAUGAUCAGCGGUGUACCAAAUAUGGGGGCUGUCAUGGGUUAUACUACAUCAUCAUGGACCCUCGGCGCUGAUGCAUGUAUUAAGCUUCUGAUUUCGGUAUACAAGCAUAUGAAAAACGUCGGAGCGACUUCAGCUGUUCCAGUCUUCGAUGGCGACGAGACGCGCUCGAAGCCUGUUGUACAACACAGCUCAACAUACUUCAUGAAUGCAAGGGAUAGAUUACCAAGAAUCACUGGAGAAUCGCCUUGGUAUGGACGAAUCAGCCCUAUGUACGACACCUGGCAGCUGUGGUUCGGAGACUUGACCAAAGGCAUGAAAUACAGUAUCCGCGAAAAGAAAGACAAUUAGACGCGCUAUAACGAUCAGCACGGUCGAGUCGCCUCCGCUUCGGUCAUGGCAUGGCCUAAUUAGAUUAGCACCAAGAGUUUCCAUGACUCUUCUCUGGGGAUAUCUCAUAGUCAAUAAGCAGCUAUAACUUGUCGUGAUUGUU